CGUCAGUCUUCCGCUUUUAUUUCAUUCUCUCCUCGGUCUCUCUGAAAGAGGAAAAAACCUCAGAAGAUACAAACAAAGAGAAAAUUUCCCAUAAAUUUCAAUGGAGAUCUCGAUCAAUUCUUCUAUAAUUUCCUCUUCAUCAUCAUGCAAUCCUCGUAAAAUUCCACAAUUUCAAAUUAAAGGAAUCGAGCCCGGUUCGUUCCCUGUUAAUCGAUCGCUCACUCGCUACAAUUUGGCUCAAAUUAGGAUGAAUUCAACCUCAGUACGCGACCUACAAAGCUGCAAAAGCAAUCUUGAGUCAUUAUUUUGUUAUGAUAAAUCCGUUCCGGAGGAAAUCAUUGAGAAACCAGCUGGUUUAUCUUUAAACAAAAAAGAAAUUGGCUCCAAUCCGCCCUGCAUUGAUUGCCAAGUGAAAGGUGUAGUCCUGUGUGCUACUUGCUCAGGUUCAGGUCUAUAUGUGGACUCUAUACUGGAGAGCCAGGGAAUCAUUGUCAAAGUCAGGUGCCUAGGUUGUGGAGGCACUGGAAACAUCAUGUGUUCAGGAUGUGGUGGGCGAGGUCAUGUUGGAGUCUAUUAAGUUAUCACUGUUUCUUUGUUUCCGUCGGUCUUAUUGCUGUGAGUACAUGAAGAUGCCCAACUUCCAAGUGCAGGACUAUUACCUCGCGUGCACUUAUAUUGCCCGCUAAGCAUCGAUGACAGGAUAAAACUCGAGAAGAUUUCCUUUUUCAUUUAUUCAACAUUGUCGUGUACCAUUAACAGCUUCCGUGAGAACCCAUAAUAAGUACAUAAGCACUAUGUAAACAAUCACAGACUCAUUUAUAAGUACUUCACCCUCGGCCUCAGGCUAGGGUGCUUGAUGUAAUGCAUUCUUCCGUGUAUAAUUUUUUGUUCUCUC